AUGGCAGCAAAGGGCUUUACAGGUGCCCCCUUCGGCACUCAGACAGUCAGAUUUGAUGUGUCAGCAGUUUAUCCAAAGUGUAAGAAACCUGGUACAUACACACAGGCGCCAUACUGCAAAAAGGUCUCUUCAGAGUUGGGCAGAAAGUUAGGCCCAGGCACCUACAAUAUUGACCAUGGAAGCUUUAGCUCCUCUGUGCUGCAGGAGAAGGCUUCAAAUUCUGGCUGGGGCAAGGCACAGGAAGCGGCACGACUUACCCAGAUGCCCCAUUUUAAUUUUAAGGAGACCUUGAAGAAAAGCAAGUAUCUGAAAGAAAAACUGGGCCCAGGAACUUACAAUAUCAAAGAUUUUCUGCAAGAGACCCGACCUUCAAGUAUUAGAGGUGUUUGUGACACUGGAGAAGAGAGGUUUAGAGCCUUCAUUAGGGAUUGCCACCCUGGCCCUGGGACUUAUGGCAAGAAUGGAAACCCUUAUGCCCUGAUUGAGGAGAAGGAGAGACGCUCGGCAAACUCUCAAGGGAUAAUGGACAGCAAAACCGAAAAAUCUGUCUUACCUACUGCUGCGGGAAGUGGUUUGGGGCCAGGCACCUACAAUCUCAAAAACAGUACAGACGAGGUGUUGAAACGUGUGGUCAGUAAUCGCGGCCCAUAUGACACCUUCACAGGAGACAGGUCAAAGCCUAUUAUCUGCGGACAUUACGCUGUGGAAAAGAAAUGCAUCGAGCUCGGCACCAGCAAUGUCAAGAGCUUUGUGGAGGAGCUGGACACCAAGGACAGAAAGAAAAAAGGCGUUUUCAGCACCCUCGCUCGGAACCCCGGCUGCCCCACGGAGCGGAUCUUCUGGGCCACACUCAGCCAGUGUCCACGUGCCACGUAUGCUGUAGGGCCAGGCUCACAUGAUCCAAAACCCGUGGAGCGAUCAGAAUACUUCAAUCAACCUCCAUUUUGGUCAUCUGCAAAAAGAGUUGACAGGAAAGCAUACCGCCUCUUUAUUGGAAACACGAACCCAGUUGGUGUUGGUCGCUAUGACAUCACAAAUCAAGAAAAGUGCAAGUGGAAUACUAGAUAUCGGUCACUUUACCAGUGCGAAACACACCGUUAUCUGAGUAACCUGGAGCGGGAUGCAUACUUACUGUAA